CUUUCUUUUUUUUUUUUUAAUUUGCUUUAUAAACUGAGAAGAAUCAGAAGAGAAGGAGGCGGCUGUUUCAACGUGCAGCCCCCCAUCCCCUCCCCCUCAUUCGAACCGUCAACUUUAAAGCCUUAACUGAGCGGAGGCUGCGCUCAGCAUCCCGGGACCGGGGGGAGUGAAGCCUGACACGAGGAGCCCCGCUUUUGGAAUACAUUGGCAUCCCGCGCGUGCGUUGGCAGCAAGAAGUCCGCUGGACCGGAGGAGGACAAGAAAGAGAAGGCACGGGAGGAGGCUCGAAAAGACUUAAGUUUUCCCCACAUCUUUCUGCCUCCUUCUUUUUUUUUUUUUUAAUCGGACCGUAGAGGGACAGUCAAGUCGUCUGUUCCCCUGCGUGUUAUAAUGGACUCUGUAUGCUGACAUUUGGACUACCCUUCCUCCUUCUUCAUCAGCUUUAGUCGAUAUCACACACCGAAAUGCAGCCCCGUAUCAUUUUCAUCGGCUUGUUUCUCACUGCGGCUCAAUCCCAAGAUAUCCAUCCCUUAAAGCCAUCAUCCUCCAUCAGUGAGUCUUGUGACUCCUUGUGCUCCUGUGAGGCGAAAGAUGGGAUCCUUCAUCUCAACUGCGAGCAGAGGAACAUCAGCAAAAUCUCCCAAAUCACAGUCCCGUCAGGUGUCCCUUUCCAUCUGAACCUUUACAAAAAUGACUUGGUCGAGCUCCRUGCCGAGGAAAUGGAAGGGCUUAGGAAUGCCCUUUCGCUGCACAUCGGGGGUAAUAGCAUACAAGAGCUGGAGCCAGGGGUCUUUAGCACUCUUGGUUCACUGAAAAAGCUCCACAUAAAUAGCAAUUUUCUUGUCACGCUGAAAGAGGACACUUUUCAAGGCCUGGUGAAUUUAGAGUUUCUUCAGGCUGACACAAAUUUCAUUCGGGUCAUCGAACCUGGGGCCUUCAACAAACUGAUACGACUCAAAGUCCUGAUUCUCAACGACAAUUCCAUUGAGUUUUUACCCAGCAACAUUUUCCGCUUUGUGCCCCUCACGCACCUGGACCUGAGGGGAAACAAGCUCCAGACGCUUCCUUAUGUGGGGUUUUUGGAGCACAUAGGACGAAUAAUGGAGCUUCUCCUGGAAGACAACGACUGGGUGUGCGACUGUGACAUUUUACAUUUGAAGAUCUGGAUGGAGAACAUGAGGGCCCAGUCUGUCAUCGGUGACGUGGUUUGCGGCUCGCCGCAGCACCUUAAGGGAACCAUUCUCGCUAAAGUCAAGCGGGAUGUUCUGUGCCCGUCUCAUGCUGACAUUAAUUUAGAGGAACCGUCAAAGUCACUGGAUAUGGUCGUUACUCAGAUUCCAAAGCUGAUCAAUGUGGAAAAUGAUCCCAGGCUGCCAACUCCGUCUUACAAUUCUGGCAGUCCCUGUGUGGAGCACUGCACGUGUCACAAUCAUCCCGUGGCUGGCUUUCUGAUGCACUGUCAGGACCGAGGAAUUCAGAAGGUGUCCGAUAUUGGAAUACUUCAAGAAAGCCCCACCAAACUGGUCAUGACAGGAAAUAUGAUUCAGAAACUCUUAAAAUAUGAUUUUGUCACGUACGACAGCUUGGAACUGCUCAACUUGGCAAACAACAGAAUCGAUUACGUCGACAAUGAAACUUUCCUCAGCCUGAGCAGCCUAAAGAAGCUGUAUUUGAAYGGCAACAGAAUAGAAAAGCUGUUCUCCACGAUGUUUGUGGGACUCCACAACCUUGAAUAUCUGUAUCUGGAAUAUAAUGUCAUCAAAGAGAUUGCUCCGGGCACGUUUAAUCCCCUGCCAAACCUGAAGCUGUUGUCAUUAAAUAACAACCUGCUGAGCUCUCUUCCAGCUCAGAUAUUCCGCAACGUGCCCCUCACCAAAUUAAACCUCAGAAAAAACCUGCUCAUGCACCUGCCAGUGAGCAACGUGCUCGAUCAACUCGACUCGCUGGAGCAGAUUUAUUUAGAGGAGAACCCUUGGGACUGCAGCUGUGACUUGCUCAGCCUUAAACAAUGGCUGGAGAAGCUGAGAAAGGAUACAGUGGUGGGCUCCAUUUUGUGUCACACCCCAAAGAAAGUGAUCCAGCUCGAGCUGCGGAGCCUUCAUCAUGAGACACUUUGUCCCGGUUUAGGGACAUACCACCCAGUGUCUCAAGGUGGGGAGGAAAGCGUAACGGCCACGUUACAACCCAAUAACAAGAGUUUGUUUAUUUCGCUCACUGACACAAUCCCACUCUCUGUGCUCAUAUUAAGCCUCCUCAUUUUUGUCCUCAUGAUUAUAUUCUGCUCRGCUGGACUUGUGGUGUUCGUGGUGCAUCGGCGGCGGCGGAGGGCAAAGAAAAAAGCAGCAGAGGAAGCGCCGCGAGAAAACACCACCAGCAGCUCUCCCAUUCACUUGCAUUACAGCAUGUACGGGCAGAAAACAACACACCACACGGUGACGCAAAGAAGCGGGACCGCCACCUUGUACGACGACAGAUCCCACAGCCCCAUCGUGCAGAUCUGUCGCAACCCCACCUAYUGCUCCCAGCACAAGGGGCACGACACAAAUCUGGAUUACAGCUUGGAAGAUCCCAGCACCAAGCACCACCUCUGCCGGAGUCUCAUGGAGAAGGAGAACACKUCACCUCUAACCGGAAACCCCAGCUCAAAAUUCCGAACCAUACCCGAAGAGUGCCCUGUGGAGUUCGUCACCCUCGGGACSCCCAGCUCCUUGUACCGGAACAUUCUGGAGAGGGAAAAGGAGCUGCAGCAGCAGCUCGGAAUAACUGAGUACUUCAGGAAAAACAUGCCCCAGCUCCAGCCUGCCGUCGACAUGCAGGUCCCCGGGCACCAGGAGGAACUAAAGCUAAUGGAGACAAUAAUGUACACACGACCACGCAAGGUCAUGCUCGAGCAAACUAAGAACGAGUACUUUGAGCUUAAAGCCAACCUCCACUCUGAACCAGACUACUUGGAGGUUCUGGAACAUCAAACUGCAUUUAACUGAGCUGAAGUAGUAAAGACAAUUAUCAUGUUUGAACCAAGUGCCUUACCCUGUUCGCCCAGUUGUACUUUCCACAGUGUGAAAUGUAUAAAUAUAUAAAAAAUUAUAUAUAUAUCAUGGGCACAUUUUACUUUAACCGUAGCACAGAAUGUAACUGGUUUGUUACUUGUCAUCUUUCGACAGCCAUGUUAUGUAGUUGCUGUCAGAUUCUCAGCCAAAUGUAACUCAGACGAAGCUGUUGCCGUUUGUUGAGCAGGCUUAGGGGUUGAAACCCACUGUGAAAUCCACUCAAUCAGCUUUUUUUUACAUAUGAUUAAAUUUUCAUGGUGUUGCAGCGGCCAAGUGAAUUGAUCCACAUAGCACACUCCCUCCCCCUCCCUUUUCCCUCUCAGACGUUCCUCGCAGGAUAAAGCAGAUGUUUGGAAGAAUCGAGUGAAUUUCAAUCAGUGCUUGACCCAGAAUUGUGCUUAAUCAGUCGAUCCUGAUUCUGGCCGUGACCUGAUUACACCCCCUGUCAACCCCCCCUCCCAGAUGCAGCUUUUAAAGCUGGAACAAGAAUGCUCAUUGUGCCGUAGAGUCAGCAAAUUGUACAGCCAAGUGUACAUUGAAAAACAGCGAUAGGAGCGCAGUUCUACUGCUGUCCUCCUGACAGAUGAUUGAUCCAACACACUGCAGAGCUGCAGUCGGAGGAAUUUUAUUUUUAUACAAGCUAGGUUAUAUUCACAUGAAAGUUUUUUUUUUAUUUUUCUUCCCUUUUCUUUCAGUCAGAAAGUGGAGCACUUGAAGUGCAGUAUAUACACGACUUGUAAAAAUGCAUUGCACUACUCGAAUGCCAUAAGAUGGUGCAUGACAAUCAACAGAGUCCUGCUGAAAUGUUUUUGUUUUUCUUUCUGCUAGAAGAAAUGAGCCUCUGAAGCGUGUGGUCAUUUAGUUUGUGUGUGUGAUGCCAUUAUUUAAUGUCAAAGACAUGGAAUAGGAUUCAGGAACAUGGCCCCAGUUCAUUCGAGGCGGGGCGCAUUUUAACAAUGAACAACGAUCCAAACAUCUUCCACCUGAAAACAAACGACGCCUCUUUGCUUUUCAAAUUAAAAGCAUUCGACGGCAGAAAACGGAUGGUGCGUAGAUGUUGUCAUUGUUCAUUAUCGUACUUGGACAAGGUUCCAAACAGUUCACAGAAGCACACACUCUGUAGCUUUUCUACUUAACUAGAUAGAAAUAUUUAUUCUGUAUAUUUUGUAUAUACGUCUAGUAUAUCUUUGGGUUUUGUGUGCCUUCGGUGCUGUACAGAAUCUAAACAGAAGUUGUAACUGAAAAAGGAAAUAAAGAGUUGAAAUAUGUGAA